UAAGCCAUUCACGUGUGCGCGCUAGCGUCGAUCAUCCUUCGGAAGCCGCAUAACAGCUGGACCUGUUGUACAGUCUCCUCGAACCCAUUCUCAUCGCACCGCUGUUACUGCACGCACCCAAAGCCCGCUCAACUCCCACGCCGCCACGUCUACUACGACUGCAUCUCACGCGGACAACAAUCAACUUGCUCUUUCGUCACAGCACUAUAUUUCAGCAACUUUACCCGUUCGGCACAGCGUUGUACAUCGACGACUUUAGUGUUCCCGAUACUAGUGCAUGCUUUCACCUCUGUCUUGCGCUGGUUGACCCGACCCCACACCACGCCACCUGAAACAGGAAACACUGUCAAAGGAUAUCACCACCCACCAUUCAAAUCACGUUCGUCUCACAAAAUCCUUGACCAACCACGACAGAUAUACGAACUCCCUCUAGGCACCAUGAAAAUGUUCAACGACUUACCGGCAGAGGUGCGCAACACGAUCUAUGGACAGCUCCUUGACAGAUGCCAUCCUCAGCAAACACCUGCUGUGUCAGCACUCUUUGGCGCCUCGAAGCAAAUUGGUCAAGAGUCGGCAUCAUAUUUUCACCAGCACAACGCGUUCGCCAUCACCGCCGCAUCACCCCCAAAUGACAGCGCUACCAUCCUUCCUCCUAUUGCUGAUAAGUGGAUACGGUACCUCCGUCGUCUCGCCGUAUAUGCUACAAUCUCAGGAGCGAACUCAGAAAGGGAACGAAACAUAGCUAGCACCAUCGCGUCCCUCGCUAUGACAGGUGCGAAGUUUGAGGAUCUUUACAUCCGCAUUGAUUCGUCACUGUCAAAGUUGGCCAAUUCGUGUGUAGAUGACUCUAUCUUAUACGCGCAACACCCGAUCACGCUAGCCUUACGAAGAUUGCUCGAUACUAACGUUGCAGAUGUCAUCCGCCUCGAGCUUCACGGCGUCUGGUUUGCCCCCGGUAUUGGCCAAGCCCUCCAUGCUCAAUACGGCAACCAACUCCAAUUUGUCUCUGGGGAAAAGCCCGUCAUGAAUCCAUCUGUCUUGGAAAGAUUCCUCACUGGCUCUCUUGCAAGCUCUCAUCUGGUCAAGCUAGGGGUUGAUGACGAGGUCAUUGCCAAGUCAUACUCCUGCGGCGAUGAUUCCACCCCUAACAUGUUUUCUGUCACGUCGUUCGAUCUCGGCUCAGACACCACUGCCGACAACGAGGAAUCAAAAGAAGACACAAACGGAAGCUCGUUCUUCGCUGGUAUUGACAUUGAAGAGUGGGAGGCUUCGACGCAGGCGGCCGAUGAGGAAUCACAGGCUCAGCCUGAUAUGGAACUCGAUGAAGAUGAAGAUGAAGAUGAAGAUGACGAGAUGGAAGAAGUGUCGCAUGACGAGAUGGAUGCAAUCAUGGGGAACAUGGAAGAUAUGGCUCAGCACAUGGCGAAUGACAUCGACAUGUCAUACAUGACUAACUUUGCGCCUGACUUGCUCUUGCGUCAACACAAUCUUAGUCAUCUGAUGUAAGGGUGAUAAGUGUUGUGUUCAUUUUUCGCAUACUAGUCACGGCUGUAGUAUGUGAAAUCACAUAGUACUGGGAAUUUUGGAUUUCGAGGUUUGUCUGGACCCUCUUAGCGUACGGCGAAAUUCAGCGCCUCUGGACGUCGAAUGCUUCUGUAAAGACUGUUUCUAUAUGUACACUAUCAACUAAGGAAAGGCAAUACUCUGACCGGUAAUUCUGAGAUUUCACGCAAGACUGAGGUUUAGUUCUUAGAGAUCACAAAGACCAUCCCUUUUUCGCCGGCUAUAUUCAUGUCAUCAUGACUGAGCCAACGCCAAUGACUCUUAAGAGUUUAUAAUAGUAAUGUCGAUCAUCUACUUUUCGUUCUCGUUUCGC